GGUUUGCGUUGCGCAAACCGUAGUUAACCAGCACGCCACGGGCCGCGCCCCCGCAGGGGAAUAUUCCCGCAAGAUGACUUUAGGUGACCAUACGCACUCCGCCGUGCCGCCGCAGCCGACUUGCGCAAGCACGCACUCUUGCAGAGUUCCGCAUUCGGGUCGCACUCGCGUACGACAUCCCGUAUGAGCCACCCUUCGCCUGGCGGAUGCAUCCGUAGACGGCUCAUCUACUGCUGGCCGGUGUAAUUUUGCCAGCUGUCUGUUUUGCUGCGAGUGCUCGCCACGCAAUUUUGUUUUCCAUUCCUCAACAUUUAGAACUUUAGUAUGGCUUUCUCAGCAGCCCAGAGGGACUCCAUCGCCGAGAUUGUGGCUGCCAGCGUUGCAGCAGCACUUGGCAACAGCCCGCCGGCUGGACACCACGCGGCUGACUCCGAGACUGGAGCAAACGCUCACCCCGAAGUCGUUGACCAAUAUCUCGCAACUGAAUGCCAGCGGGGCCAUACGGCCGGUCCCUUCACAGCUCCGCCAUUCGCCUGCCUCCGCACAUCAGGAGUCGGCGUGGUCCCGAAAAAAUCAGGCGGGCACCGGUUGAUCAUGCACCUCUCCGCCCCGCAGGGGAACAGCGUGAACACGUUCAUUGACCCUGACCAAUACCGCUUCAAACUGAUUACGAUCGACUGCAUUGCCGAUCAUGUUCGCAGAACAGGCCCCUGCGCACUGAUAACCAAGGUGGACCUGAAGCACGCGUUUCGGCUCUGUCCAGUACACCCCGACGACUGGCCACUGCUUGGCAUGCAAUGGAGAUCGAAGUAUUACUUCGACACAGUCUUGCCGUUCGGUCUGCGGUCCGCCCCUAGCUUGUUUAACCGCCUAGCAGACGCGCUUGAGUGGAUCCUACGCCACAAGUACAGCAUACCCGCACUCGAGCACUACCUCGACGACUUUGUUUCGGUAUCACCACCAGCCACUGUGGUGCCAUCGUCGACAGCCGCAGUCCACAAGGCCACGAUCCUUCAGGUGUUCGACAACCUGGGUGUCCCCACUGCAGUUGGCACCGACAAGGUGGUGGGUCCAUCCACGUGCGUCACCGUGUUGGGCAUCGAGAUUGACUCGGCCACCGGGGAACUCCGCCUUCCCACUGACAAGCUCCGCGCGCUGCAACAUCUGCUGCAGUCAUGGUCCACCCGCCACACCGCCUCACGGCGGGAACUCCAAUCUCUAGUGGGCCACCUGUCUUUCGCAGCAAAGGUUGUUCCAGCUGGACGCACCUUUACUAGACGGCUCAUUGAUGCAUGCACUUCCGCUCACAGCUCAUCGCCCAUCGUCCACCUGAGCAGCGAUGCCCUAGCCGAUAUCCGGUGGUGGCAGGAAUUCCUUCCCGUCUGGAACGGCAAAGCCCUUAUGCGCGACCCAGAGUGGUCUAGGUCACCGGACCUUGAGUUGUUCACGGACGCAUCCGGCCUAGGCUUCGGCGGCUUCUUUCAAGGUCGCUGGUUCGCCGGCGCAUGGUCCGCAACGCAACAGACGCCGCCAUACACCUCCAUCAUGUGGAGGGAGAUGUGGCCAAUCUCCCUCGCCUGCCAGCUGUGGGGACCGCUUUGGACGCAGAAGAAGAUCCUGCUCCACUGCGACAACGCUUCCGUGUGCGCUGCCUGGGAGUCGGGCACCUGCCGGCACCCAGGAGUCGUGGCGCUCAUACGCAGCACCCUCCAGACGGCCGCUCGCCACAACUUCUGUCUGCUUAUCCGCCACAUCGCCGGAGUGGACAACGGUAUCGCAGAUGCCCUAUCCCGCGCUCAGUUCCCACGGUUCCGCCUCUUGGCGCCCGGGGCCGACCUCAGUCCGUCGUCACUCGCAAACAUCCACGCCGCAGCGUGAGGAAGUCGCCAUCCAGGGUCCGCCGUUACCGAGAUUGGACGCUCUGCUCCUGAGACCACAGAACUGUGCUUCUGCCCCCGUGUUUUCUUUUGUUUCCUUUACUUUUUCCGCUGUGUAUCCCUGCUCGCACAGCCUACUGCCACGCCCCACCCAUUGCACCUCUCCACUAGUUGUUAAGCCCUCGCCGGGGUGUUACUGCCUAUCAUUUCUGCCUCAACCCUGUGUGCGUACGGAUUGUCAAGUCCUUUAGAAUCGCAUCCCUGUGUGCUUAUGGACCGAGUCAAGUCCUCUAGAUUUGCCGCCCGGUGUGCUUAGGGACUGAAUCAGGUCCCCUAGACGCCUGCACUUUCUUUGGGAGCAGUUCGGUCCCGCCGCUGCCUAGGGAGACCACCGCAAUAGACACAUCUAGAUGGGGAAUCAAAUAGGCAAGCCGCAAGCAAAAUCCGCACGCCUCAUGGCAGUAGGCCUCCGCCGGUCAGAGAGCCCCGUUACACCUAGGAUCAUGACUGCGCUCAUGGGGGUGGGUCGUAUGAAGCAGGGUCACUCGCACUGACUGAAAUUCUUUGUCCUUUGUUG